AAUUUAAGAACCUCAGAAGAGAAGAAAGAAGCCACAGAGAUCUCUCAGGUCCAAGAACCUCACGGUGAUAAUGAAGUUGUUUGAUGCUCAUUGUCACCUUCAGGACAAGAGGGUCAUCGACAAAGCCUCUGAGCUCAUAUCUGCUGCUUUAGCUGUCGGUGUUACCAAUUUCGCAGUCAAUGGAACCUCUGAGAAAGACUGGGACUUGGUGAAAGGGAUGGGAGAGAUGUAUCCUUCUGUUGUUCCUUGCUUUGGACUUCAUCCUUGGUUUAUUGCAGAUAGGAGUCCUCAUUGGCUUAAAACAUUGAGGAAGUUCUUUGAGACUACUCCUACGGCUGCGGUUGGAGAAAUUGGGUUGGACAAAAGCCCCUUAGCAGCAGGAAUUGAUUACUCAGACCAGCUUGUCGUGUUUCGCCCACAGCUUGAACUUGCCAAAGAACUGAACAAACCAGUAGCUGUUCAUUGCAUCGAUGCAUUCGAUGAUCUCCUCGAGAUAAUGAGAUCUGUAGGGCCUUUUCCCGCGGGCGUGAUUCUUCAUUCAUUCAAUGGUUCUGCUGAAGUUGUUCCUAAACUUGCUGAGCUUGGUGCAUACUUCUCCCUUUCUGGCUGGUUCACUUACAUUGAUGAGAAAAUCGCAAAGAACACUUUGAAAUCGAUUCCUUCCGAUAGAUUCUUAUUGGAGACAGAUUCACCUGACGGACUACCAAAAGCCGAUGAGAGUUCAUCGGAUCCAAAACCAACUCUCAAUGAGCCUGCAAACAUUCUUGCUGUACUAGAUUAUGUUGCAAACCUGUCAAACAUGAAGAAAGAAGAGCUCGCGGAGUUAACUUAUGGAAACACUGUAAGGUUGUUCUCUUAUCCAGGUUCUAAAUUGCUUGCAGACCCGUAAAUGGUGUGUGUGUGUGGGUCUCUCGACACAAUUGUAACAUCAUCUCUGGUCAAGGAGACAAAAGAACUGCUUCUGCUGUUGCUUAUUUGUUUGUUGUUGAUGUUUGUGGAUAAAACUUAUCCUCUACCAAAAUCAUCUUUCAUUAAUUGUUGUUUCUGUUACUUGGUGGAUUUUGCAACCAUUUCCUAUACCAAUAUGUAUUUUUGUUUUGACUUCUUGU